AGCUUGUGAUUAGGGGCCAAGUCAUUGCAUGUACCUAAAUCCUAAUACCUAAUCUAAUACCUAAAACCCCCAAAAAGAAUAACUAGAGGUCCAGAAACUUCUAUCGCAUCAGUCCAAACAUUAACACAAUGAGAUACACAAUCAGAAAUAAAUGGUAGGCUAACUAACAGUGGAAAAGAGGGUCAGUGGGAGUGUUUACUGUGGACCAUGAUAUGACUUUUUUCUGUAGAAUCUGUAGUUGUAGUGACAAGAUAAGCAGGAAAAGUAUUACACAUAUCAAUGGAUCUGUUUUUGCAAUGACUAUCAAACUGGAGCAUCCAUUUUCAACCAUAAGGACAAACAGAAAGUGCAUUUGAACCUUCAAAUAGCAAUGUAUAUAUAAUAUGUAUAACGUAUGUGUAAUGUAUGCCAAUGGGAAUAACUCCAAAAAAUAUCUAUUUAUCCGUUUAUCUUCAUAGUACUGUUACUUACAUGAGUGGCCAAUCAGGUGGCCAUACAAUAUCAAAUUCCUAUAUAUUUUCACUCAUUCUAAGCCAGUUACUCACUGAUGCUGACAUUGUAAAUGUAUAUUAUUUAGGCUCACAGAAUUUAAAGACAUCUUAGCCACCCAACAAAAUCAAAUCCAAUAGCUCAGCCUUGUGAGGUAAAGGCUUCUUUGAUACAAAGAUGUGUUAAAGUGGAAGUUUGACUCAUAAUUGUUAGUUACUGAGUUAUUAAGAUCCGGUGUUUGUGUGUACAGUUUGUAGGGAUCACAAGUUUUGCUAUUAUUACUACACUACAACUACCAUGUCAGUGUUUCUUCCCCUCUGUACAGGCUGAGAGAGCAGCCUGAAUGAAACACAGGCUGGAGUGUUGCACGACAGAAAAGGUAGCUUCUGGUUACAAACUUUGGACCAAUCAGGACGCCGCUCUACUUUCCUGCAGCAGGAGCAACAGAAGUUCAACCUGGACCGUUCCACGAAGAAACUAUCUGCUCUAAAUUCAAACUGACAAUGCUAAUUCCCUCCCGCUGACACAUCUGAUAGCCAACUCAUUGUCAUUGAAGGAAACGUUUCCGAGUAAUGACAAUGUUGGGCAUGUAUGUGCCAGACAGAUUUUCCCUGAAAUCGUCAAAGGUCCAGGAUGGAAUCGGUCUUUACACGGCGAGGCGAGUGAAAAAGGGAGAAAAGUUUGGUCCCUUUGCAGGUGAGAAAAAGCUGCCUAGUGAGCUGGAUGAAAGCUCCGACACCAGGCUGAUGUGGGAGGUCCGUGGUAGUAAAGGAGAUGUGCUGUAUAUUCUGGAUGCGAGUAACCCACGCUAUGCCAACUGGCUGCGGUUUGUCCAUCAGGCGCCUUCGCAAGAGCAGAAGAAUUUGGCAGCCAUUCAGGAUGGAGAAAACAUCUUCUACCUGGCUGUGGAUGACAUAGAGACAGACACAGAGCUCCUAAUAGGCUACCUGGACAGUGAUAUGGAGGAAGAGGAGGAGGAGGAAGAGGAGGAGAUCAUCAAAGAUGAAGAUGAAAACAGUAAAGACAACAAGCAUCUUGUUGAAAUGGAGCUGGUAACAAAGAAGGAGGACCACCCCUGCUUGCUGUGUGAGAGCAGUUUUCCUAGUGAGGAGAUCCUGGCCGCCCACCUCCAGAGUCUGCACCAGAGGCCCAGCACCGAGGAGAAGGAGUUCAAAUGCAGAAACUGUGGCAAGAAGUUCCCCAUCAAACAGGCUCUGCAGCGCCAUGUUUUGCAUUGUUCUGAGUCACUGGACCCAUCAGCUGACUCAAAAGCUCAUCAGUGCUCCUUGUGCCACAACACAUUCAGCUCAGAAUCCAGUUUUGAACAGCAUAAGGAAGCCUGUAAAGGAGAUGCUAGGUUCAUCUGUAAAGCAGAGAGCUGUGGUAAAAGAUUCAAGAGCAAGGACGCGCUGAAGAAGCAUAAAGGAAAUGUUCACACAGGGAGCUCACGGCAGAAACUCACAUGCACCAUAUGCAACAGAAAAUGCUCCUCCUCUCUGAAUCUACAGGAACAUAGAAAGGUACAUGAAAUAUUCGACUGCCACGCGUGCAAUAAGAAGUUCAUCUCUACAAAUCAGCUGAAACGCCACAUGAUCACACACUCAGAGAAGCGACCGUACACCUGUGAGAUCUGUAGCCGUUCCUUCAAGCGCCUGGAUCAGGUGACGGCUCAUAAGAUCAUCCACAGCGAGGACAAACCGUACAAAUGUAAGCUGUGUGGGAAGGAGUUUGCUCACCGCAACGUCUACAAGAAUCAUAAGAAGACCCACUCUGAGGAAAGACCCUUCCAGUGUGAGGAGUGCAAAGCGCUGUUCCGCACCCCCUUCUCUCUACAGCGGCACCUACUCAUCCACAACAGUGAGAGGACAUUCAAGUGUGACCAGUGUGACGCCACAUUCAAGAGGAAGGACACGCUCAACGUCCACAUCCAGGUGGUGCACGACGGCCACAAGAAGUACAAGUGCGACCUGUGUGAGAAGGCCUUUGUCACUCCGUCGGUCCUCAAGAGCCACAAGAAGACUCACACGGGGGAGAAGGAGAAGAUCUGCCCGUACUGCGGACAAAAGUUUGCCAGCAACGGCACGUUAAGGGUCCACAUCCGCAGCCACACAGGUGAGCGUCCAUACCAGUGCCCUUACUGUGACAAAGCGUUCAGCAAGAACGAUGGCCUGAAGAUGCACAUCCGCACACACACACGAGAGAAGCCAUAUAAAUGCAGCGAGUGCAACAAGGCCUUCAGCCAGAAGAGAGGGCUGGACGAGCACAUGAGGACCCACACAGGAGAGAAACCUUUCCAAUGUGAUGUGUGUGACCUGUCAUUCAGCUUGAAGAAGAUGCUCAGCAGACACAAGCUGACACACAACCCUAACCGGCCAAUGGCAGAGUGCCAGCUGUGCCAUAAGAAGUUCACCAGGAACGACUACCUCAAAGUACACAUGGAAAAUGUCCACGGGGAAACAGAGAGCUAGAGGCAACUAUGGAAGCACUGGCUGAAAAUAUCUGAUAUCUGAUUCCUCAGAUAAAGUUCAGUCCCAUGCUUCAUGCAGCCGGUACCGCCUUCACAUACACAGAUGGAUAGAUAGCAGAAAUGUUGUUAUUAAAGAUACAUACAUGUAGACUAUGGAAAACAUAAGGGACUGUUUUGAAAUUGAAACGUAGACUGUACAUUUGUAAUUUUUUUGUCAUACUGUUUAGAUACUGCUUUGAAAACCUGUACAAACAAAACUCCACAUAUGUUUGAUCUGCCUCCAGAGCCGCUGCGUCUGCUCACAGGCCAAAUGAAAUGUCGGACAUUUCACUCCCAGUCCUCCUGACUUCUAACCAGUGUUACUGUUCAUACUGUUACAGCCUGACCUCCUUCACUGUGGUAUUCACUGAGUACCUUACUGUAAAACUGUGGUCAGUGGCCAAGUAAAAAAAAAAAAAAAAAAAACUGCGACCAAAGAUCUUUAAAGACACUUUUUAAUUUACCUGUACACUUUCUACAUGUUGCUGUUCUUUUGUGUUCUAACAUGUUUACUAUUUAGACUCUGUUAAGCCCCAGAGCACACUUUAAAGCAUGUUGGUCCAUUUAUGAUUUCAGAAUCACCUUUCUGUCAUAGUAUUAAAAGGGAUAGUUGAACAGCAGAUGGAGAUGGAGAGGUGUUAACAUGACAGCUAGAAAGUUUACAUGCUUCAUUCUCCUUUAAAAUCUGCAGGAUGCUUGUUGCACCGUGGGAUAGUUGAUGGGAGCUUUCGGAUUUUCUCUGAAAUGUGAAGGUUGUUCAGUUUUAGGUUUGAUUAGCUGGAUAACUGUUGGACCUGCAACAUUAACUUAAGAUGAUUUGGUUCAACUGUUCCUUCCUUUCCCAUGACCUGGGCUCUGAAUGAAGAGCAAUGGUGCUUUAAGUGUGUCACUGUUUCUACGUCCCAUAUUUGGGACAAAAAGAAAAUCCAAAGUACUGUUUGUUGACUUUUGUGACAGAUCGUUUUCGUAUGAAUGGCCCAGGGGUUAUUGGGCCUUACAGUGUGUGUUUACAUCCUUCUUUAUUAAUGAUAGUUCAAUUCAGUAUUUCAUGUAUUUCAGUAGAAGUGCAACUCUGUCCUGUUUUAUAUCCACAUUCAUUUGCUUCCUCAUUUACUGCCCCUCUGAUUAAUGUCCAGUUUUCCAGCUGUUUAUUCUGCAUCUGUCGACUGUGAAUUGUCACUUCACACUUUUAUAUUUUGAAAUGUAUAAAACCUCGUCACCUACCAAACAUC